UUUGAACCGUGGCCGUUUUAUCAAAAUUAUCACAUUCGUGAGAAAUGAAAAAAAUGAAAGUUCAACGUUAAAUUACGAAAUUAGAAAUAAGUCUUUUGUGAUACAAGGUUCAGAUAAUGCAGUGAACGUACAAAACUCUUCAAAGCGUUCUCUAUUCGUGUUACCAGUUGAUCUGUUGAGCCAUGUCCGACAAAAACAUGACAAAUCCUGUUGAGAUUAGUAUUCCUGUACCUUGGGGACAUAUAGCGGGCGUUUCGUGGAACACAGACUCCGAAGACCAUGUUCUGAUGGUACACGGCGUGCAACACAACUGCGGAGCGUUUGAUAGACUGAUUCCAUUAUUCAAAAAUAAUUAUAACUUAGUAGCGAUCGAUUUACCCAGCCACGGUUUAUCGUCGCAUUUCCCCGAAGGAUCGCCUUUAAAUCUAAUCCAAUUCGUGCUCGCUUUGAAAAGGGUUAGCAACUAUUUAAAAUGGACUAAAUUCAGCUUGGUAGGUCAUAGUUUCGGAGGUCAAAUUAGUACCUAUUAUGCGGCCAUUUACCCUCAGGAUAUUCAGUCUUUGGUUGUUAUCGAUUCAAUGGAGCCUGGACCAGUUCCAUUAAACGAUACAUUAACGCAUUUGCAAACGGUUCUAAAUCAACAACUCGAUUUAGAAGAAAAAUUAGUCAAGAAGUCGCCUCCAGUUUACACGUACGACGAAGCGUAUGAAAAAGUGAAAAAAAAUGAUAAAUGGAAUUUAACCGACGAAGCAGCGAAAGAUUUAAUGAAGAGGGCCGUUAAAUCGCAUCAAAAUGGGUACACGUUUACUUGCGAUCAAAGAUUGAAGUUUCCUAUGAGGCCCUUGUUAACUUUCGAGCAACAAAAAGAAAUAAUGAAAAAUAUUUCGUGCCCAGUGUUGUUCAUUCUUACUGAUGGUAAUAUGGCUCGAUACAGUACAUAUUUGAAACAGAUGUACGAAUACAAUUGUAGUAAGAUAAAUAACACAAUUAUCAUUGUGAAAGGCGAUCACGCUAUUCAUCAAAACUACCCUGAAAAAAUUAGUCAUCUUAUUGACGAAUUUUUAAUAUCCAAGAGAUUGAAUAGUAAAGUUGAGCAUGUUACUUAUACUUAUAAUGGUAAUUUUUAAAUCCAACAUUACUUCUGAUUUUUUUUUAAAUUUAAUUUUGAAGGUGAAGAAGUGAUUUUCUUAUUUGCACAAAUUGUUGCGUUGAUCUGGCCUAUUUUUUUGUUCAAACUUUCAAGUUUAAUUAGUUUCAAAAAUCACUAAAGGAAUAUUUUGUUACCUAUUCAUUCACGAUUUUCGUUCUAGGAUUUCGAAAUUUCAAGCGAAACUAAAAAAAUGUCAAAUUCACAUCGAAUGACUUCACUUGAAUAGAAUUAUCAAACAGUAAUGAACUUUUUAUUUGUUUAAAAAAUAAAUGUUUAAAUUAUUUUAAAAAAAGAACACAUUGAACGUUAUACUUAAUUAUUCUUAGCGAGUACAUUAAUGAUUCAAAAAGGUUUCAUUAAGUAAAAAAUCUAAGUUUAAAAUAUAUGUAAAUUGUCGUUGUUGAAUGUAUUUGAACGAUUAUUUUUUGUCAUAACUUGGCAAUGUGAUAAGUAUUCCGAAUGAUUUUCUUGUUACGUGUUUCUAUUAUUAAGUAAAAUUUUCAAUACAAUAAAAAGUAAAAAGUUUUAUUUCUGGAAAUUCUAUUUUUUACUAGGUUGUAA